AUGGUAACUCAGGGUUAUUUGGUGUGGCAGUACAUCACUUUGAUGAGGCGCAUCUUCCUCAUCGACUGCCCCGGUGUGGUCUACCCUUCAGACGAUAGCGAAACCGAUAUUGUCUUGAAAGGAGUGGUCCAAGUGGAGAAGAUCAAGAACCCAGAGGAGCACAUUGAGGGCGUACUGGAGCGGGCCAAGCCAGAAUACAUUCAGAAAACCUACCGCAUCCCGGUCUGGGAGAAUGCUGUAGACUUUCUUGAGAAGCUGGCAUGUCGUAUGGGGAAACUUCUCAAGGGUGGUGAACCAGAUAUCCAAACAGUCUCCAAAAUGGUGUUGAACGAUUGGCAGAGAGGACGUAUCCCCUUCUUUGUGAAACCCCCCGGAGUUGAGGGGGAUUACGAGGCACGGUUGCUAGCGGAAGGAGCCUCACAGGCAGCUGAGGCUGUGCAGGAGGAACAACCAGCAAAUCCAGAUGCCACGGCGGAGGAAAAGGAGAAACACCAGCAGAGGCAGAAGGAGCAGGUCCAGAAGAUUCUCUCCAAUGUGCGACAGAACUUUGGCAAGAUCAACGUGGCACCCGAGUUCACAGAGGAAGACUUGGUUCCCGUCGAGAUACCUGAGAUGGAAAUGUCGGACUUCUCUGGCUCUGAGGACGAUGAAAAUUGUGGUGAAGAAGAAGAAGAAGAGGAGGGAGAAGAGGAGGGAGAAGAGGACACAACCGCAGUUGAGCAACCUGAUGGAGAAAUCAAGGACUCUGAUGCAACAACCGCUCAGACUGGCGAAGCAAGCGACAGCAAGAAUUCACGCGAGGUCAUCCGUGAGCUGGAUGAGAAGAUCGCCAAAUACAAGCAGUUCCUGGACCGCGCCAAAACCAAGCGCUUCUCUGCCAUCCGGAUACCCAAGGCAAUGUCUGACAAAGCACUCGUAGACAUCAAGGCGAAAACAGCAGCAGAUCAGAUUAAAGCGAGAGUCCAUUUAGGCAAGAAGAGGAGAGCUGAGGAAGAAGAGGAGCCGGCCCAGGCGCACAGACUGAGCUCUAAACAGAGAAGAGCGAUGGAUCGUGCAGGGAGGAUUAAGAGAGUUGGCGUUCGCUAUUACGAAACGCACAAUGUGAAAAACAAGAACAAGAACAGAAAGGCCCCAGCAGCAGCCACUGAGGGCCAGAAGACCAAACGAUCAAAGCACUAAGGAUGGAGUUAUAUAACACAACAUGUGUAAUAGAUCUUUAUUUCAUUUGGCCAAAUAAGGCCAAGCUUUGAUUGAAAAAGUACAGUUGAUAAAAGGUGGAAUUCUAACUUGAGUGUUUAAGGGUCUUUAUGAAGUGGCCAUGUGAUGCCUUAUUCAGACUGUCACUCAGGACAAUGAAGUCAUUUUUGCCUUUUGGACUUUCUUUUUCCCUCGACCCCUCUGUGUUUGAAUGACAUUUCAUUUGUCAUUUGCAGGUGUAAUGCUCUCUUGACGCUAAGGAAGAGAUAUCUACAGUGAUAGUUUGAACUGUAAUUGUCAUAAAGAAAAAGAAAAUAUUUGCUAAUUACACUCGUUUGAGUUUUCAUAAUACAAAUGGGGAAAUGGUAACUCAGGGUUAUUUGGUUUUCAGUUAUUUCUUCGAUGUGAUGAUCCCUUCCAGCUGGGCCUGAAAAGAAAGACAAAUAGCUUGAUAUGAAGCUUAACAAGGGCUACACAGCUACCAGUGAUGCUUGAGAAAACACAUUUACUUUUAUAUGUGACGAUGAGACCUCACCUUGAGUUGCUGAUUGGUUCUCUUUAGGAACUGAAUCUCCUCUGUGUGCUUCUUUUCUGCCACCUGUCGCUUUUCAGUCUCUCUCUGUUCUAUCACGUCACAUUUAGCUUUCUCUUCGUUCAGUUGCCUCUUCAGGUCGUGAAUCUCAUUCUCCAGAUCAGCAGUCUAGAUUCAAACAUACAAUGAGACACUUGUGAGUAAGUUACAGAAGCCAGAUCAAUUCUGUAAAAUGUGCUGCCACCGUCCUUAUUUUGAGGUCUCUUAAAGGGAAACAGCGCUCCCUGCUGGACCCCUGACAAAAGUUAUUUUAUUCACAUCAUUAGAUUACAUGUCUAUAUUAUCUUUUAAAAUGCUAAAUUUCAGAUUUUGGGGUCAUGGCUCCUCUGUAUUUGUAAUUCAUAAUAAAUAAAAUAAACUCAAUGCCCUCA